UGGGUAGACAUGUCAGAAACAAAAUCUUCAAAUUAUCGCUCGUUCAAAGAUAAGGAUAAGCCUGUAGAAGUUCGACUCAGCAACAUCAUAGCUGCCAAAGCGGUUGGUGAUGCAAUCCGUACUUCUCUUGGUCCUAAGG